AUUUAAAAAAGAUGUUGGUGUUAAGAUGUACUACUCAAAGAGAUGGUACUAUGGUAAAAUUAUUGAUCUAUGGCAAGUAGAUGGUAUUGAAACGGAAGUAGUAGAGAAGAAAAAGAAAAAAAAUAACAAACGAUACAGCAGACCUGAUUGCAAUGCCGAAGCUACUGAGCAAACUGUAUCUUCAGAUAAAAAUUCAGAUUCUGAUAUUCCGCUAGCACGACUUUUGAAAAAGAGCGAAACACUUGUUGAAAGAAGUGAAGAAACUGAGAAAGGAGCUGCGAAUUUGAAAAACAAAUGCAAGGAUUUUUGCUGUCUAUUUCCUUAAACUAUAUUUAAAAUACUUAUCUUAUGAUUCCAGGAUUACAAAUUGACCAUAGCAAUGAUAGUAAUGUUAUAAGAUCGCGCGACGACUCAGAUUAUCUGUCAGAUGACCCUCUUUUGAUUUGUCAAAACCGUCAGUGAAAGCACAAAUAAUG